AUGUUAAGAGGGUAUAAAUUUAAUAUGACUUACAUGUUCUUUUCCACUUCUCAUGCCUGGCAUUUAGUACUCCUGCUAAGUAGCAAAUCCCCAUCAUAUCCGGAGGCAGAAUUGCGUGAAUGGAGAACACACAAGGAUGAACCAAGCGAGAUGGAACAGAUGAUCGAUGCCAUUAGAACCACACUAGGGUCAUUGGGUGAUGAUGAGACGUCAAUGAAUGUUUCAGCCUAUGAUACGGCGUUGGUUGCUCUUGUCAAGAACCUUGACGGAGGCGAUGGACCGCAAUUCCCCUCGUGCAUCGAUUGGAUUGUUCAAAAUCAACUACCAGAUGGUUCGUGGGGUGAUCCCGCUUUCUUUAUGGUCCAAGAUCGGAUGAUCAGCACCCUCGCAUGUGUGGUGGCUGCGAAGUCUUGGAACAUUGGAAAUGACAACUUGUGCAACAGAGGUGUGUUAUUUAUCAAAGAAAAUAUGAGCAGGUUGCUAGAAGAGGAACAGGACUGGAUGCCAUGUGGCUUCGAGAUUAACUUCCCAGCACUCCUAGAGAAGGCGAAGGACCUGGACUUGGACAUCCCUUACAAUCACACUGUUUUGGAAGAGAUAUAUGCCAAGAGGAAUCUGAAGCUCUCUAAGAUACCUCUGGAUGUGCUACACGCCAUACCAACGACCCUACUUUUCAGUUUGGAGGGAAUGGUUGACUUACCAUUGGACUGGGAAAAGCUACUCACGUUGCGUUGUCCAGACGGAUCCUUCCAUUCCUCGCCUGCUGCCACAGCUGCUGCCCUUAGUUACACUGGCGACAAGGAAUGCCUAGCAUUUCUAGAUAGGCUUGUCAAAAAGUUCAAGGGGGGAGUGCCAUGUAGCCACUCUAUGGAUACUUUUGAGCAGUUAUGGAUGGUCGACCGGCUCAUUCGUCUGGGGAUAUCAAGGCACUUCACAAUUGAAAUUCAGCGGUGCUUAGAGUUUAUUUACAGGCGCUGGACUCAGAAGGGACUAGCUCAUAACGCGUACUGUCAAGUCGUGGAUAUUGAUGAUACGUCCAUGGGUUUCCGUCUCCUCCGUCAGCAUGGCUACGAUGUCACUCCAUGUAACUAA